AAUAUGUUGAUAAUAAUCCGAGAGUGUUACAGCUUGUAGACAUUAGCAGGAUCCCUCGGAAGAUGCAGGGGCUGGUUGCGCAUUUGUCGGCUCGUCAGUUUCCGGAAGUGGGCAUUGAAGCCAGGAUCAACUUGGAUGGACGAAUAGCUUAAAGCUUUGUAUUCCUUUGAUGCUGAGCAGAUGUGCGUGCUCUCGUGAGUUAGAUUCCGUUUCAGCAGGGAAGACAGAAUAACAGUCCUGGACCGAUAGUUUCUUGCUGAUGGACUUGGUAAAUUAGAAGAUUUUCUUGGUUAGUUUUUUGGCAAGAGUGUACCGUACAAGUUGGUACUCAAGAAAUGUGAUCUUGGACCAUUAGCUGGCUAAUUGUCGUGAGCUUAGGAGUACAAAUUCUUUCCGGAAUGGAUUCUAGGAGGAUGCCAGGUCAUUCUGGGUCACGGACUGGAGGUACCAGUACCCCCGGUUAUCCCAUCUCCAUGAGGAUACCGGAGCCAGGCACAUUCAGCAAGCGUUUCCCCAGCACAGUCUCCACUUAUGCCACCGAGGAAGAGGACGGGAGUGACUCCAUCAUCGCCAUGGGGAUGGGACUAACGGCUGUGGGGGUGGUGUGGACCCUCGCCUCGUUGCUGGCCACCUGCCUGUGCUGCGCGGGCUUCGUCUUCCCCUACUGGAUUGCGGGCGCCACGCUGGACGGGCGGCACGUGUUCCACUUUGGUCUGUUCCGGCGCUGCAACUACCCGACUGCCAACGGCGAGAUCGCCCUUGGCUGCGGUCGCUACUCGAGCUUUGAGGACAUACCCACGCUGUCGUGGCAACUGGGCACCCUCCUGAUCGGCGCCGGGUGCCUGGUGUCCAUGCUGGUGGCCUUCACCGGUGUCCUGGCAUGCUGCAUGAAAGAUUUGGUGACGCAGAAAGUUGGAAGGGUGGCGGGAGUUCUUCAACUCUUUGCUGCUUGCCUCGUGGGAGCAGGCUGCGCCCUGUACCCCAACGGCUGGGACCAUCCCCAAGUCAAGAUGGUGUGCGGUGAGGUGUCAGGGGCGUAUCAACUCGGUGAGUGCAAGAUCUCCUGGGCCUACCUGGUGACCGUCGGUGGGUGUGUCCUGCUCCUGCUGUCUGCCCUCCUUUCCUGCCGGGCCGGGCGGAGGAAGCUGGAGGCCUACAGGGUUUAACCGCGCCCCUUUGCUUCGGGAGUCCUGAUUGGACCAUGAGGAGCCCCUCCUCAACAAGCCCCUCCCCUAUAUCAUUGCCCAGCUACAUGUAGCUUGCCAUUGUGUUAAGACUGUGUGCUAUUUCGCCCCCUCCGUUCACUUCACCUGCGAGGUGAAGGCACUCUACCGACUAAUAGAGUAGAAAUCGGGGGACAAGUCGUGGAGGUGUUUCUCCUGGUUUUAGACUGCUCGACCAGUUACCAGAUAACCAGAAACUCAAUCUGCACGUUAAGGUUUUCAGAAAUAUCUCUGGGAGAGAAAAAAAGUGAAUAUUUUCUCCAAGUUUUCUUUGAGGAAGCGAGGGGAUGUCCACAUUAAAGGUACAUGUACUUGUAUGUAGUAUUAAACAGUGGUCCGUCCAGCGGUGCACGCAUCAGUAAUCUCUAGCUGACCCACGCAGCCCAGACGUACAUCAGUCAUUGGUGGCUGGAAAAGACCUUGGUGCCCCAGUGAUGUAUCAAGCCUUGGGUGGGGAGGGGGCGGAGUCUUUUCUGGAAACGGAGGUUCAAAUUGUUUUCAGCCGCAAAGUAAUAAUUCCCCCACCCAACACACAGGUGUUAGUACUGAUGUGAACAUGAUGGGGGGGCGGAGGGCUUGCCCCUGCGGCUUUUCUCACUGAAUGCACUACCAGGGAGUAAGCCUUCAAGGUUUUUGUGAAUUGGCAAAAGUGUCAGAAAAAUUCAGCUGGGCACACUCUCAACCAUCAGAACUGCACAUCGUACAAGUGGUAACCACUAUGCCAUUUUGACAAAGAUUUCAAGGCCGUUUCAUGCGAUAAUCAUCCUCACCGUCAAGUUCACAUGCACCGUAACUCAAGAUGUAUCUGGUACAGUUGCUGUCACCAAUUCCUUGCCUGCUGUAAUCGUGGCGGAUCGGGGGAGGUUGACCAUAUGGUCAUGUGGUACCGGUGCUUUGACGGCCUUUGAUUGGGCCCAAUUCUAUUUGCACACGAGCACCGAAUGUAGGAUGUCAGUUGAGUUCAGAUGUUGUCGACGGAAUUGUCGGUUCUUGUCCAAAGUAUUUUUUUAUCAGAGUAUUGAAAAUAGUUUACCAAAAGAAUUGCCCUUUGCAUGCGUACAAGCCCAGGUUUUUAUAUGGGGAAUGAUCUGAAAUCAUAGCAUUAGCAGACCUGUACAUUUUAGCUUUCUGUAUAUAUUGUACCCUUGAAUAUAUCACCGUUCUUUGUAAUCUUUUAUUUUGUAUUUAUUGGACUUACAAAUAUUACCUCUUUAUAUCUCGUGUAUAGUCUUGUGUUCUAAAAGUAGACUCCGUAUACUGUAUUUUCCGAACUAUUUUUCAUACAAAAGGUACCGUAUAGGUCAUGUUCUGUGAUGUAACAGUGGUAAUUAUCGAUGUCAAAGAUGUCCUGUUUACUUGUACAUGUAUGCGGCUUUUCAGAACCUGCGUUUUAGGUUGUGUAAUGCAGAAUGAUAUUCAAGGAAGGAGGAUUAUGUUGUGAAUAAAUUGAGAAAGACAUGGAA